GCGGGGCAUAUCUCGUGUCAGCUUCAUGGCCGAUAGACGGUUCUAGGUUGUUGUUUCAGAGCUGUGACGAAAUUGCGUGUGGAAGUCCUAUUUGCAUUUUUUUGGGUUAAACUGACUUGGAUUUUAGAAGGAAACAGGACACGAAAAUCACACAUUGGAUUAAUAUCCGUUUACACGGGAGAAAGCAGCUAAGCUACGCAGAAGAAAAAAGUGAAACGAUCAAAGACACGUUUUUUUUUUCCGUCUGCCGGUUUUGGGAUUGUUUGACUCCUGUAUGUUUGCAUACUUUUUGUUUAAAAGGAUAUACAUUAGAUGACGGGAUUCCCUGUGUUGCUUGCAUUUCAGAGGCAACGUCAGAAAGUCGCAAUUUUCCCUCAGUAACUCGUGGAAACGCAUCUAUAAACGCAGGUUACGACUCAGACAGGUAAUUGCUGGGUCCUAAAUUCGAUUGCGUGGCUGACGUUGUUUUGUGCUGCUUCAUUUCUCCUGCCUGUCCAGAUGCCAUUUCUUUCAUUACAUGUCUUCUGUGAUGCAGUGGAAAACAGUUUAUUAGAGCAAGGUUAAUCGAGAAACUAAAAACGUUAUUUGUGAAAAGGAUUUGAUUAAGGGAGAAUCGUGAAACAACUGAGGAUCCUCGUAUCCCACCAGCGUUUAUUACCUUCUAUUUAUUGUUCGUCACAUUUCACGGAGUGUAAGGUGAUCUUCAAGAAGCUACAGGAGAUUUACAGUACACAUUGGUACGAGUGUUAUUACAACUUCAAGUAAACUCUAGGGCCUGAAGGAUGUCCUAAAAUUUGAGAGAUUUUAUCCAUCCGCUAGCGUGAAGCUCUUCUGUCUUGGCUGAACGUUUUAUUGCAGACAUGGUUGUGAACACAGUUCACUGGUUCCGAAAGGGUCUGCGACUCCACGACAACCCAUCUCUCUGGGACUCCCUCAAGGGGGCGGAUAGUGUGCGCUGCGUCUACAUCCUCGAUCCAUGGUUCGCUGGCUCAUCCAACGUGGGAAUCAGCAGGUGGAGGUUUCUGCUUCAGUGUCUUGAAGAUCUUGAUGCUAACCUUCGAAAGUUGAAUUCUCGCCUGUUUGUAAUACGUGGGCAGCCAGCAGAUGUGUUCCCAAGACUUUUCAAGGAGUGGAAUAUCAGUCGUCUUUCAUUUGAAUAUGAUUCUGAACCAUUUGGAAAAGAAAGAGAUGCAGCUAUUAAAAAACUUGCCAGUGAGGCUGGUGUUGAAGUUAUUGUACGGAUAUCGCACACAUUAUAUGAUCUGGACAAAAUUAUUGAGUUAAAUGGAGGACAGCCACCUCUAACUUAUAAGAGAUUUCAGACUCUCAUUAGUCGAAUGGAGCCUUUGGAAACUCCAGUUGAAUCCAUUACUGCUGAUGUGAUGGGUAAAUGCACAACACCAGUAUCAGAUGAUCAUGAUGAGAAGUUUGGAGUUCCAUCUUUAGAAGAGUUAGGAUUUGAUACUGAAGGACUUCCCUCUGCUGUAUGGCCAGGUGGUGAGACUGAAGCUCUCACUCGACUGGAAAGACAUUUAGAGAGAAAGGCAUGGGUGGCUAACUUUGAACGACCACGAAUGAAUGCCAACUCACUUCUUGCAAGUCCAACAGGACUGAGUCCUUAUUUGCGCUUUGGCUGUUUAUCCUGUCGCCUCUUUUAUUUUAAAUUGACAGACUUGUACAAAAAGGUCAAGAAGAACAGCUCUCCUCCUUUAUCUCUAUAUGGACAGCUUCUCUGGCGAGAAUUCUUCUAUACAGCAGCAACUAAUAAUCCUCGAUUUGAUAAAAUGGAGGGAAACCCCAUAUGUGUUCAGAUCCCAUGGGACAAGAACCCAGAGGCUCUAGCCAAGUGGGCUGAGGGCAGGACAGGAUUUCCGUGGAUUGAUGCCAUCAUGACACAACUACGCCAGGAAGGUUGGAUUCAUCACCUGGCUCGUCAUGCAGUGGCUUGCUUUCUUACUCGUGGCGAUCUGUGGAUCAGCUGGGAGGAGGGAAUGAAGGUUUUUGAAGAAUUACUACUUGAUGCAGAUUGGAGUGUGAAUGCUGGCAGCUGGAUGUGGCUCUCCUGCAGUUCCUUUUUCCAACAGUUUUUUCAUUGUUAUUGUCCAGUAGGCUUUGGAAGGAGAACAGAUCCUAAUGGAGAUUACAUCAGGCGAUAUUUGCCAGUUCUGAGGGGCUUUCCUGCAAAAUACAUCUAUGAUCCUUGGAAUGCACCUGAGAGCAUCCAGAAAGCUGCAAAAUGUGUGAUUGGGCUGCAUUAUCCGAAGCCCAUGGUAAAUCAUGCAGAGGCCAGUCGCUUGAAUAUUGAAAGGAUGAAGCAAAUUUAUCAGCAACUGUCAUGUUACAGGGGCCUGGGCCUCCUUGCUUCAGUGCCUUCAAAUCCCAAUGGAAACAGCAGUGGGGGAGUUAUGGGAUUGUCAACAAAUGAAAUCAUCCAGGGGACACACAGUAGUGUUGGUACAGUAAUGGGAACUGGUGAAAAUCAGGUUGGUGGUGGGUUGACAUUUCAACAUGGAGAUUCGCACCCUGUUUUACACCACGAAGGCUUACAGAUGGUAUCUAAUGGAAGCAACUUUAUGACAUACUCACACACUGACAACCAGACAAGGACUAGUGUGUUGCAACAGGGCUAUGGCAGUGAAAUUUUGCUUUACUCACAACGAGGAUCACAACAAACAGAAAGUGUGAUAUUGCAGCCAGUUGGAAGAGGAACUGCUGUUAGUACGUUAACAACAGUGAAGCGUCCCAACCCAGAAGAAACGACACAAGGGAUUGGUCGAAAAGUACAGAGACAGAGCAGCAAUUAGCUUUGUUGCUGACCAAAUGCAAAUAGGAGAGCCUGAUGCCAAAAUGACAAUUACAGUGCUUCAAAGCAAGUUGGAAGAUGAACAUGCUUAUGUAAAUAGACAUUCUGCAGUUUCAGUAAAGCUUUUUAACUUCAUUUUCCCAGCAAAAGAAUAAUUUUUGAAACAUGAUCUUUUCUGUGAGCACAUUAUAACCGUGAUUUUUAAAAUGUAUAUUAAAGCAGGGACACCUUUAUGUAUAUAAACUAUUUGAAGGACACGAUAAAACUGUAAAUAUUUGAUAUUUCAUUUUAUUCUUGUCUUGUUAUAGGCCCAUCAAUAUAUUUUUGAUAUUUCAAAUGCAACACAUUCUAUUGUUAACUUUGUGUAUUUUAAAGGAACAAAAUUACUUCUCUGCAGGGCUUACGUUUGGGGGUUUUCAGAUACUUUAUUAGAUGUUAUAUCACACAGUGUUCUUGUUACAUUUGAAUUUUACAGUUUACAGUAAAGCACCACUUGUAUCAACGUAACUUCCUUUAUAAGCUCCACUAUGAAGAAGUUCUCAUAUAAAAACUACUUUCAGAUUUUUUAAUUAAGCUUCUGAAAAGUAUAUAAAUACCAUCAUGUAUAAUAUAACUUUGCAUAAUGUAAUGUUUCCUUUUUGCUGUUCUGUCAAAGAAUUGUGGUUGUCAUAUUAAAAACCUGGAUAAAAAUG